AUGAAGAACACCACUUGCCACCUCCCCAAUGGCCUCACCUUCAACGUCUCUCCCGUUUUCGGUGGGGUCACCUUCAAAUCCGCCGAUUUCAACGUGCAGCAAAACUCCACCUUUCCCCCAGGCUGGACGAUCAUCAUCAACACCGAAAAGACUCACGUAGAAGGCACAGAGCAUGAUCACGAUCAAGAUGAGCGUUAUACCCGCUUUACCACCCCCACCUUGAACCGCGACUCCCUCUACAUCUCGUAUAUAGUCAACCCGCCGUCCAGCGACUUCAGGCCGGUGACUUCACCCACGCGCCAUAUUGCCAUGAUGCUGUGGGCGACUCUGUGGUGGUACUUCCACGAGCCCCAGCCAGACCUGCAUGUGGACACCGCCGCCUCAAGCGUGAACCCGCACAAGGGCCGACCAAAGGGCGAAUGGCGCAUCAAUAUCAAACGCGAGGGAAUCUUCAAGGGUCGCAAUCUACUACAAAAACUCGAGCGCAUGGGUCUCAUCGCCACCGAGGACUCCUCUGUCGGCCUCCAGCCCAUCGAGACAAGAGACUCUAGUAGCUGGUCCAAUAUGUUCGUCAGCCGUCGCAGCUUCUGGCAGCUCGAUCCACGCCUAUUCCUCUUCACUCUCACUCCGCGCGGUGCCCCCUCCUCGCCAACCUACCAGUCCCGCAGCGCAUCUCCAACCCGCGACGGUCUGCCCAGUGUCGCGGCCCUCUCACUAGCACCCACCGAGGCAACCUUCCACACAGCAAACCUCGCCCCCUUCACCUCUGCGGGUCCAUUCACAUCGGGAAGUCAUCUGCCUACAUACUUCCCACCCGCGCCAACGCAAUACACGUCUACAGAUGGGAUCCGACACCCCAUUCGUCCGAAACCGCCCCAUCAGGGCGAGGUCUUCUACGUGCGCUACAUCCCCAGCUUGCAGCAGUGGCUGUCGUUCCGCGUACCAUAUGUGCCGAUGGUGAAGCCUGACGGUAGUCGGCCGGGCACACCCGUUAGCUCGGCGGUAACGGGUAUCGAGCAGCAUCUCACAGAGAAUAUCUGCUCGGACGUGGACACAUUGCACCGAUGGAUGAACGUUCCUCGUGUAGAGGCAAUGUGGGCCGAAGGCGGACCGAAAUCCGCGCAGGAGAAGUUCCUCAUAGACAACCUAACGUCCCGACACAAGUUCCCGGUGAUCGGGUGCUGGGAUGGCAAACCCUUUGGAUACUUCGAGAUCUACUGGGUUAAGGAAGAUAGACUGGGCAGACUGCUGGACCACGUGGACAACUAUGAUCGCGGUAUCCAUCUACUUGUCGGCGAGCAGGAAUUCCGCGGCGCACACCGCGUCGCAGUCUGGCUCAGUGCUCUGGUGCACCAUUGUUUCCUGUCGGAUAUGCGGACCGAGUCCGUUAUCCUGGAACCGCGCGUCGAUAACCUCAAACUCAUUAAUUACCUCCAAGAAGCAGGCUUCUACAAAGAAGGCGAGGUCAGCUUCCCGCACAAGCAAUCCGCGAUCAUGAGAAUCAAGCGCGAAUACUGGGAAGGACCGGGUAUCUAA